AGCCUAUAUACAUAUUAAUCCUACAUUCUCUUCAAUAAACCAGUAUUAUUUAAAAACCAAAACAACACAUUAACCAUACUAUUUCCUAUAUCUGAGUCUAAUAUAUUAUUUAAUGUUAACUCCUUCCCUUCAUUCUUCCAUAAUUCUUCUCUUAGCACUUCUCUUUCUUCAUCAUAACCAUUACAAUUCAAUUAAUAAACACAUGUUCUACAGUUUCACUUUGUCCACAUUUCUCACACAAACCCGUUGGAUGCUUAGAAAUUAAAUGUAACGUUUUAUUCAAACCGGUAUGUCCCACCCUUAGUCUUGUAAUCAUACUUUCCUCCCUUCUAUUUCUCCUUCUAUUUCUACCUUUUCCCACUUUCUUUUGUAUUCCAUAUAAAUGUCUAGAUAGUCAACUUUUGUCUCUAUACAAAUAGAUGGGAGAACUUAGUCACCUGAUUUUGUAAAUGUGGCCAGUUGCAUUGCAUUAAGCACCCAGCUUGCGCUUGUCUAUAAUUUAAAAUAGCUUAACAAAAAAUGAGCGUGCAGUAGCAGAGCCUUUUUUAUGUAUAGUAAACUGUCUACCAAUCCUCAUCAUGAAGACUGUUGGUGUUGAUCAAAUGCCAUACGAGUCUAUAAUUUAUUCAUCUUUUAUUUGUGCAGAUCGUAUUUUUCCCCAAAAGGAAACAAAUCUUCCCGUUUUAUUAUCGUCCUCUCGUCGCUUGACUCUCCAGUCCAGCGGGUGGCGCUAAACACUCGUUUGUUUGCCAUCAAACCUCAGAAGAAGAAGAUUCGCGUCAGUUAGCUCUGUUGUUUUGUCGUGAAGCUGGUUUAAUACAAACUGUUAGAAAUGUUGUUUCUGUAAAUAGAGAAAUACAGUUUUUGAAUCAGGUCAGUAAAUACCUGUAAUAUUCUCAUCCUCACAGUUGUGACUAAAUUUUGAAUCAAGCAGGAAUAAUAUCUGGAGGAGUGUCAUCUGAACUGAGAUCUGCUGCUGUGAAGAUGGAGUUUGUUAAAGAGGAGAGUGAAGAGAACACAAGUGAACCAGAAACCUGGAGAAUAAAACAAGAGGAACCAGAAACUUGCAGAAUAAGACACGAGGAACAAGGAGGCCUGAUGAAAAUGAAAGAAGAAAAACGAGAUCUGAAAGAGGUGGAGGAGAAAUAUCAGGAUCAGAAAUAUCAUGGUGUCAAUGAAGAAAAAUCUGUGAAUUGCAGCAUUAAAACAAGAGAAGUCAAGAGGCCUUUCAGCUGCUCUCAGUGUGGAAAGAGUUUUACAAUGAAAACAAGCCUUAAUAGGCACAUGUUAAUUCAUGCUGGGAUGAAAUCUUUCAGCUGCUCUCAGUGUGGAAAGAGUUUUACACAGAAAGCACACCUUAAGAAGCAUUUGGUAUCUCACACUUCAGAAAAACCUUUCGGCUGCUCUCAGUGUGGAAACACUUUCUCAUGUAAAGCAAGCCUUAAUAGGCACAUGUUAAUUCAUGCUGGAAUAAAGUCUUUCAGCUGCUCUCAGUGUGGAAAGGGUUUUACACAGAAAGCACACCUUAAGAGUCAUUUGGUAACUCACACUUCAGAAAAACCCUUCGGCUGCUCUCAGUGUGGAAACACUUUCUGGUGUAUAGGAAGCCUUAAGAAGCACAUGUUAAUUCAUGCUGGGAUAAAGCCGUUCUCCUGCUCUCAGUGUGGAAAGUGUUUUAGAAGAAAUCAUGCCUUAAUAGGCACAUUUUAA